AUCUAAUCCGUCAGUCGAGUAGUUUGUUAAACUCAGAACCCGUUAUCAAAUGUUUAUUAGCAAUGAAUAGUCAUAGCUAAUAAACUAUCCGAAGGGUUUUUAUUCUGAGUUUUAUUUUUCUUCUUCAUCAUCUUCUUCAUCAUCUUGAAUUGACUCUCUGACAGCAAAUAACCAACUUAAUGAGACUAAACUGCAUUUAUAUUGAAUUCAAUAUUUGUCAAUCUGUUAUUUACAGUUUGGCCUGUCCGUCAAUAAUCUGUCAGAAUUUUGGUCAGUAAACACCGAUUUUUUACUUGUGUCAAAUAUUGUCAUAUUUAGUGCAAAUAUUUUCACGAAGGAAAAGUGCAAGUUUAUAAUAGCUUUAGUGUUUCAAAAGGACCAAGUUUCUGAUUGUUGCCUUGUCACUUGUUCGAUAUUCACUGAAUAUUGUCCAGCAAUUAGAUAUGAGUCGAAUAGUUCAAUGCUGUUAGAUGUAGAAUCUACAUUAUAGAUGUCACUUGAAAACGGUCAGCUGAUAACAUUUUAAGGCUCAAGUCUUAGGCUCAAGACUGGAAUUUCAACUUAUAUUUGCCUACGGCCUAGGUCCUAGGACGCAUGGAUAAGACGAGUCCUUUAGUUUCCGUGAUUCUAUUUUACAACUAGAUUUUAUCCUUUUUUAUAUUUUCGUAGAUUCCUUAAACGAGUAAACAGUAAAUUAUUUCUAAAUUAUUUCUAAAUUAUUAUCAUGGAGAUGCAGCACUCAUUUGGUACAUUUGCAAACUUCAACCAGCGCAAUGAUGAGGAAAUGUCAUCUUUUGGCUCUUCAGGAAUUGCAUCAGGAUUCAGUUCACCCUUCACUUCAGCCUCUAGUACAGCGUCUUGCUCAUCAUUUAGUUCAUCAUUUAACUCACCGUUCAAUUCAUCAGCAUCUAACUUAUCUUCACCUUCUAUUCCAACUUCAUCCACACCCGGUCGCAUGAAAGAGUGGAAAAACCGUAAACAUCGUGAAGGAACCAAUACAAAUUCAACACGGAAUCGUAGAGAUGAAAUCGUUGCUCGAUUUCGCGGUAUCAGUUUAAGUGAAUUUCCUGAUGAUGAAGAAGCCAAACUUCCCAAAUGGGAUUGGGAUGAUUGUGUAAAUUCAUCUUGGGAUUUGAAAGUGGAACCAAGCAAGCCAGUCCCCUGGUAUAUUUAUGACGAUUCUUUGACUUGGGAUCAAUUUCUUGAGCUCAGUGAAAUAGAUCGAAGAGACAGAGAAAGUCAAUAUUUCCAAAAUGAAACUAUGCAUGAUUUAGAGGCAGGGGAUGAUUAUCCUACUAACCAUUGGAUGGUAAAAACAGAGCUUCUCAUUGGUCAACUUAUCAACACCCCGAACCUUCAUGAUAUGAUGUGUCCCGCUUGCCACCAUUAUGCUUUAAUAAUUAAAUUUAAGACUUUAGUCUGCACAGUUUGCCUUAAAUAUUAUCCUAUGCCGUCAACUGCCUUGGAUAUAUCAGUGUUGAAAGAAGGAAUCAAGCUAUUUGAGAAUAAACACGCAAUGCGAUGUCCCAGAACAAGUGCAUCUUACGGAAUAUUCAAUGGUGACAUUGCGAUUAUCUGUGAUUAUUGUCAACUCAUGUACAAUAUCUCCAAAAACUUUUAAACUAAUCCCAUUUUUUCCAUUUAUUUCAUUUAUUUAAAAUUUAAUAUUCUUGCCUACAUUUAUUAUAAAUUCAACC